GUCUCCAGAGCCAGGCUCCACAUCCAACAGCUGACCUAUGAGUUCCUCCAGUCCCCAGAGCCAGGCUCCACAUCCAACAGCUGACCUAUGAGUUCCUCCAGUCUCCAGAGCCAGGCUCCACAUCCAACAGCUGACCCACACACUGACAAGUUGCCUCUAACUGGGGUAGCUCUGGUCACAAUACCAGUAUCACUAUAUUAUGAUACUCAACUUUCCAAGGCAAAAAAGGAAACAAAACUAUUUUAACUCUUUAAAAACAUGCUUUACCUAAAAUAUUGUUUUCUGUAGCUUGAAAAACAAACAAAUAUGUCUCUGGUGUAUCUAACAUUAAGACUUCUGAGUAUUGCGAUACUGUUAUUUAGAAACUACUAGGGAGAUGGUAGAAGAUGCCUCUAACUACUGGUCUGGGGUCAGACAUUGUUUGAUGGGUAAUCUGAUCCUAGAUCUGUGGCUUAGAGGAAACUUCUACUCAGAGCUGAUCUGACGUCCUGUAUCUAACCACACUGGUUGUUUUGUUGUCUGACUCUGUGCUCUCAACACACCGGGGACAAUGAGAGAACCUCAGACAUGUUGUUGAAGGUCAUCAUGAUUGUACAGAUUAUUUGUAUGUGUGCUAUACUUAAGAGAAUAAAGUUGCCACAGGUUGUGUUUUUACACAGUACUGUGUCAUCAGGUUGUGUUUUUACACAGUACUGUCAUCAGGUUGUGUUUUUACACAGUACUGUGUCAUCAGGUUGUGUUUUUACACAGUACUGUGUCAUCAGGUUGUGUUUUUACACAGUACUGUGUCAUCAGGUUGUGUUUUUACACAGUACUGUGUCAUCAGGUUGUGUUUUUACACAGUACUGUGUCAUCAGGUUGUGUUUUUACACAGUACUGUGUCAUCAGGUUGUGUUUUUACACAGUACUGUCAUCAGGUUGUGUUUUUACACAGUACUGUCAUCAGGUUGUGUUUUUACACAGUACUCUGUCAUCAGGUUGUGUUUUUACACAGUACUCUGUCAUCAGGUUGUGUUUUUACACAGUACUGUGUCAUCAGGUUGUGUUUUUACACAGUACUGUGUCAUCAGGUUGUGUUUUUACACAGUACUGUGUCAUCAGGUUGUGUUUUUACACAGUACUGUGUCAUCAGGUUGUGUUUUUACACAGCACUGUGUCAUCAGGUUGUGUUUUUACACAGCACUGUGUCAUCAGGUUGUGUUUUUACACAGCACUGUGUCAUCAGGUUGUGUUUUUACACAGCACUGUGUCAUCAGGUUGUGUUUUUACACAGCACUGUGUCAUCAGGUUGUGUUUUUACACAGCACUGUGUCAUCAGGUUGUGUUUUUACACAGCACUGUGUCAUCAGGUUAUGUUUUUACACAGCACUGUGUCAUCAGGUUGUGUUUUUACACAGUACUGUGUCAUCAGGUUGUGUUUUUACACAGUACUGUGUCAUCAGGUUGUGUUUUUACACAGUACUCACAGUCAUUAGUUUUCCUUUAAAUGUUUUGGGCACUUCAGGGAUUGAUAUGAUACAGUGGAGUCUGAUCUCAUACUUUUCAAGAGGGCAGAUAUCAGAGCAGUAUAAAAGGGCUCCUGGGUGGCUCAGCGGUCUAAGGCAUCACUACAGACCCUGGUUCGAUCCCGGGUGGUAUCACAACCGGACGUAAUUCCGGAGUCCCAUAGGACAGUGC